GAUUAUCCGCUAAAUACUCCCUCUCUUCAUAAGUUUGCCCAUUCGUUAGGUUCGGAAAAAAGUAAUAUUGUCAAAGAUGCAUCCAGUGACUAAAGUAUCCAUUCGUCACUUAUCUAAAGCUGCUAGGUUUGUCCCAAAAGCAGGUGUAUAUCCCCAAGGUUUUAAAGUUGGUGGUAUUCAUUGUGGGGUUAAAAAGGAUGGACAUUCUUUUGACUUGGCCCUUUUACAAAAUACAUUUGGUAAGGAAGCUACUGCUGCUGCAGUUUUCACUACCAACAAAUUCAAAGCUGCUCCCGUUCAAGUAUCUUCCAAAAUCUUGAAAGAAAAACAUGGUUCAGGUAUCAACUCGCUUGUUAUUAACAGCGGUAAUGCCAACGCCGUUACUGGAGCUCAAGGUAUCAAAGAUGCCGAGGAUAUGGUCAUUGUGACAGAUUCGGUCUGCGAGAAUCCUAAAAACUCGACAUUAGUUAUGUCUACUGGUGUUAUCGGUAACAAUCUUCCAAUAGACAAAAUUCUCACUGGAAUCCCAAAGCUAGCAUUAUCUAACUUAGGAGAUUCCCACGAACACUGGAUUAAUUGUGCCACUGCAAUCUGUACUACUGACACAUUCCCAAAAUUAGUUUCUAAGCAAUUCACAAUAGGUGAAGAUACUUAUACGUUAGCAGGCUUAUGUAAAGGUGCUGGUAUGAUUUGUCCAAACAUGGCCACCUUGUUAGGUUUCUUUGUCACUGAUGCACCAGUAAGUGCCUCUGCACUACAACAAAUUUUGAAAUAUUCCGUCGACAGAUCAUUCAAUAGCAUCACUGUUGAUGGUGACAUGUCUACCAAUGACACAAUCGUCGCUAUUGCCAACGGUGCUGCCGGAGGAGAACUCAUUGAUAACAAUUCCUCUUGUGCUGAAAGAUAUGCUCGCUUACAAGCUGAAAUAACAUCUUUUGCUCAACAGUUGGCUCAAUUGGUGGUUAGAGAUGGUGAAGGUGCUACCAAAUUUAUUACCAUUAGAGUUAAGGAUGCAGUUUCAUACCUUGAAGCUAAGAAUAUUGCUUCUUCUGUGGCCAAUUCUUCGUUGUUCAAAACUGCAAUGUAUGGAAAAGAUGCUAACUGGGGUAGAAUCCUUUGUGCUAUUGGAUAUGCCAAUGCUCAGAAUGUUAUUCCUGAAAAGACCAGUGUGAAAUUCAUUCCAACUGAUGGAAGUGAACACUUGGAAUUGUUGGUUAAUGGAGAACCUGAAGUUGUUGAUGAAGCAAGAGCAAGUCAAAUUUUAGAAUUAGAAGAUUUAGAAAUUGAAAUUAAUUUAGGAACUGGUGCUGGUCAAGAAGCCACUUUCUGGACCUGUGAUUUGUCCCAUGAAUACAUUACUAUAAAUGGUGAUUAUAGAUCUUAGAUUUUAUAUAAUGAUAAAAUAAAACUAUUCUAACACAC